AUGCGAAGGCUGCAGCGUGCUGCUGCUGCUCACCAGGAAGACGAUACAGACACUGAAGCAGCAGCAGCAGCAGCAGCAGCAGCAGCAGCAGAUGAUGAUGAUGAUGCUGCUGAUGAAAGCCCUGCAGCAGCAGCAGCAGCAGCAGCAGCAGCAGCAGAUAGAGAAGAGCCUGAAGCAGCAGAUUCUGUUCCCGGUGCAGCAGCAGAUUCAACAGGCACCGAUGCUACCAGCAAGUCAGCAGCAGCAGCAGCAGCAGCAGAAGCAGCAGCAGCAGCAGCAGCAGACACAGAUGCAGCAGCAGCAGCAAUUCCUCCUCUGCAGCGUUCAAAGCGUCCGCGGGCCCCUGAUGGGGAUGAGGAGGCAUACAGCUCACCGCCUGCUGCUGCUGCUGCUGCUGCUGCUGCUGCUGCUGAAGAAGAAGAAGAAGAUGAAGCAGCAGCAGCAGCAGCAGCAGCAGCAGCAGAAGAAGAAGCGGAGGCCUCUGAUGAGCCGAGAGAAAAAAAAAGAAAAAAACACAAAAAACACAAAAAACAUAAACACAACAAAGAAACAAUUGAAUCUGAAUAA